ACACAAAUGUCGAACCUCCAUUAAAAGGCCGCAAGACUAUUCUAUGCUGGGUUCCGCAAGUCGGCCCAUCCUCAUUGAUUGCGAGGAUGACAGGGCCAGUCGACCGGAUGACGCGGAUGGUGAUACCAUCCCAGAAACCUAGCCAUCGCUCACUGAGCUCUGUCUGCUAUGAAGCCAGAUAAUUUGACUUUAGGACAUUCCGAGUCAGCUGCACCAACUUCUUUGACGGGAGGGUCUCCAUCCUAUGGCGAGAUGGCGGUGCAGCGAUCAACCCACUGUGAAUGCACCCCAACAGUUUCCUCGUUUGUGGAGGACCCGGAGAGCGCCGUACAGAACACACGCUUAGGGCGUGCAACAGAGAGUGGAGGAAAAGUGGCGUCUGACGGGGAGCAUAUCCAUGGUCGCUCUAAUUGUAACGAUAGCAUGGCAUUCCCAUCAGCUAAACAAAACAGUAACUGGGCUCCAGAGACAGGCACCUUAUUCGAUUGCUCUGGCUCAAUGCCCUGCAGCCACCAGGCAGCCAAGUCGAUUCUGCGACGAGCGUCCUUACACACCGGUCAACUCAAGAGGGUGACUUGGAGUUUCUUUGUCUCAAAGUGGAGCGGCAUUCCUACUCCAAAUUGAAACGGCGUGCUCCACAGCUGCUCACUCACUAUGUCCAUCAUGCCAGCUCCCAAAAUAGUCCCAGAGUACGUAAACGACGGGCAGUUUCGGAAGUGCCCCUAAUGUCAAAGCAUCCAAAGAGAGUUAG